AUGCCUGCUUUCGACCGAUAUCGUGCAGCCCUGGGCUCCAUUGCGGCACGUACUGGUGCUCCUGUGUCCUCAUUGGUUAUCUCUUUCGGAAUACUCCACGAAAUCACUGCUAUUGUCCCUCUGGUUGGCCUUUUCUACGCAGGUCGAUCACUUGGAGUUGGUGAACGGAUCGUUGGUUCAUUGCCUGAGAAAUCAGACAACUGGGUCGUUGAGAAAUGCAGGACAUGGGUAGACGACGGAAGGGAAUGGGCAGCCCGUGUGGGGAAACGAUAUGGCGCGUUUGGCUUGCAGAAGGGUGAACAGUUACCCGCUCUCCCUGAUCACCUUGCUGGAGACGUUGCCAAUGCUGUAGCAGCCUAUGCAGCCACCAAAGCCCUUCUUCCAGUUCGUAUCGCAGCAGCCCUUUAUCUUUCUCCGGCAUUUUCUCGCGUAUUUGUCGACCCAAUGCGUAGAGGCUUGGGGAGCCUUUUACGUCGAGGACCAUAG